AUGUACCAAAGCAGCCAAGUCCCAGCCGACAAUCCCAUGACUGCGUUAAGGUUAUCAUUUGCACUCGAAGACAACCCGGACGCUAGUAUUAACGCAGAAAUCGCGGAGAUCAGUUUAGAAGAGCAGGUCCAAAGACGUGAUGAAAUCGAAGAAAAGAUACGAAGUCGCUGUUGUGGGCUUCUUGAGAUAUACAGGCCAAACCUAAGCCACCUCGAAACUGCAAAGAGUGACAUACCUCAAGCUACUCGUUCACGAAAAUAUCCGUACGUGAUAAACAGCUUUGUCAAUCCGGAGGUGCACUUUCUGCACAAGUCAGUCAUCGACUUUCUCGAAAAACCCGCGAUAUGGGAGGAGUUGCACGAUUUUACUUCUUCCAGCGGCUUUGAUCCAAACGUAUCACUUAUCAGCGCUUCUCUCCGCGAAAUAAAGUCAGCACCAAAGGAGCUCGAUCAGUCCAUGUUUCCACGUCUCCCCUUCCUCGUGCCGCAAUAG